AUGGUGUCAAGGAUUGUCAGGAAAAUGAUGAUGAAUCCGAAUGCCACUCACAUGAAACUUGCCCACCCAAUCAGUGGAAGUGCAAAGAUGAUGCUUGUAUCCCGAAGCAAUGGCCCAUUUUUUGAAGCGACUGAAGCACCAAGGAGCCCGUCUCCGACCGUCCUCAGCCCGCCGAUACUCCGGAACGAAAAACUUAUGGUCUAUUCAAAUCUGAUGCCAACGAUGAAGAUUCCGACUCUGGAUCGUCAGAAGAUGGCGAUGUGCAGGAACAUUUACCGUCGAGAGAUAGGGCUGCCGUGUGGCAGGAUGUGGACGACGACGACCUUACGGAGGAGCUGCGAUUUCCUGCAUGGCGGCACUCAGUUGCUCUUGGGCUCCCGCUCGCAACCCUUCUUUAUGAAAUACGACAUGGAGACAAACGAAGUCUUGCAAAUCAAGGUCACCUCAGAAAUUCCAAAGCAGAAUUUUGGCAAGCAUUGUGUAUCACGCGAUGGGACUCGUGUGGCGCUGGUUGGACAUCGCGGACAGGUUUACCUUUUUGAUGGCCAGAGCUUCGACUUUGUGCAACGAUUCAACGCGCCGGUGGAGAUUGCGGAUAUCCAUUUCUUCCCUGGUAGCAGCGAAGAACUUUGGGCGCUUGGAGAAAACAGCCGGGUCUACAUUUGGUCGAGCUCGACGAAAGAACUGCACACAUUCUUCAACCAGGGCGCGGUCCAUGGCACAGCAUUGGCUCUCAGCCCGGAUGGCAGAUAUCGAAAACACGGGCUUCGUGAACGUGGUAGCCUGCACGUGAUUGCUGGCAAGCAGCAUGAGCAAGAAAGAGGAUCCACCCGAUCAGGUUGCAAC